GCACAAUUUAACGGUUUUGGCUUUUUUUUUUCUAUAAAUAAUUUUUUUUAGAGAGACCAUGACUUCCAUUAGAAGUGAAUUAGAAUCAAAUAGAGUACAGGAGCUCGACCAGCUUUUGAAGCUUGUACUGCCAAAGAUCUUGGAGUAUGUAGCCAAGGCAGACCCAAACUCUGAUCUGUACCAAUCAAACUCAUUAGGAACCUACCAUGAACCUUCUGAAUUGAAGGAGAAGUUGUUGACCCAUCAUGAUCGUUUGGAUGCCACUGGGAUCAAGGAUGCCCCACUUGGGGAAUUGGAAGACGUCAUUGAUAAGGUUCUCAACCUUUCUGUCAAUACAUGGAACCCUGGAUUUAUGGACAAGUUGUAUGCAUCCAACAAUCCAAUUGGAGUUAUUUCCGACCUUAUUUUAUCAGUUCUUAACACAAACUCGCAUGUUUACACGGUAUCGCCAGUUUUAUCUGUUCUUGAGAAUUAUAUUGGGAAGAAGUAUGCACAAUUAUUUUUCACCAAUGAUCAACAAACUUGUGGAGGAUUGACCUUUUCAGGAGGUUCAUGGUCUAAUGUCACAUCGAUGCAAAUUGCCCGUUCAUUGAAGUUCCCAGAAACCAAGGAAUUGGGUAAUGGGAACUACAAAUUUGCCGUUUAUACCUCGAAACAUUGCCAUUAUUCGGUGGAAAAGGCUGCUAUUCUUCUUGGAUUAGGGUCCAAAAACGUUUUUAAGGUUGAUAUCUUGGCCGAUGGAUCCAUGGAUGUUAACUCUUUGAAAAGUACUGUGGAACAAAGUAUCAAAGAUGGAUAUACCCCCUUGUAUAUAAACGCCACUGCCGGUACAACCGUGUUUGGAUCAUUUGAUCCAUUCACGGAGAUUUCUGAAAUUGCUCGCAAACAUGACAUUUGGUUUCAUAUCGAUGGAUCUUGGGGUGGUAACGUGGUGUUUUCAUCUACUCACAAGAAGAAGAUGAUUGGAUCCCAUUUAGCCAAUUCUAUCACUGCAAACCCUCAUAAGAUGUUGGGAGUCCCAACAACCUGCCUGUUCCUUUUACUCCCACACGUUGGACAUUUCCAAAAGGCCAUGUCACUUUCAGCACCAUAUCUUUUCCAUGGUAACAAUGAUGACGAAGAGAAUUAUGAUUUGGCCGAUGGUACCAUGGGAUGUGGCCGUAGAGCAGAUUCAUUUAAGUUCUACAUGACUUGGUUGUACUAUGGCCAACAAGGAUUGGAAGAACGGGUUGACCAUGCAUUCAACAUUGCCCAAUAUUUCAUAGAGAAGAUUUCCCAUCUAGAUGGAUUUGAAUUGGUGGUUGGAUCAAAAGAAUCCCCUCCACAAUGUCUUCAAGUUUGUUUCUACUACAGCCCUGAGGGUUACAAAUCUAAGGACCAUACAGAAGCUACACGGUUCAUUUCCAGAGCGUUACACUCCAAGGGGAAGUAUUUGGUGGAUUAUUCACCUAAUCCAACCUCUCAAGACGGUAAGGGAGAAUUCUUUAGAGUUGUGUUCAACUCACCAAUUCUCACCAGUGAGGUUAUUGACGAUCUUGUGGAAAGCAUCGUUGCAGCCGGCAAGGAGUUAGAGUUGUGAUUGUACAGUCUAUAUAGAGAGAAUGUAUAUUUAUUAGAGAAUAGAUAACAUCAAAUGUCAAGUGAUGUUUUCAUGCA